ACGAGCGCGCCCCGUGCGCGCGCUCGCGUCCAUCGCGAUCGCGAUCGAAUAGGAGAUCGACUGCGGGCGAUAGAGAAGAACGGCUUAAAGAGGAAUAAAACAAAGGACAUUUAUCUGAGUGACGCUAUCAGUGUGUGCUCCGAAUUUUGGGAUUUUGUGCUACGUUGAACGGAGACUCCCGCGGAGUUUUCGGUGCCCUUCUUGCGUGAUCAUCGUCGACGGCAGCAACGGCCAUGACCGCGGACAGCCUGUUCGAGACUACCAGCAUCCCGGGGCAUCUCGCUCCCACGCCCGAGAGACUGGAGAGACUUCUCUCGAAACAGACCCUCGAGGAGCUCUACGAGGUCGAGGAACAGCCUUUCGCACGAGGUAAAUACGCAACGGUGAGGAGAUGCCGCGAGAGAUCCAGCGGCAGGCAGUGGGCUGCCAAGUUUCUGAGGAAGCGACGGCGGGCCCAGGAGCUCAGAGCGGAAGCGCUUCACGAGGUCGCCGUGCUGGAUGCCGCGGCCCAUUGUUCUCGUCUCGUCUCCCUUCAUCAGGUCUUUGAGACCAACACCGAGAUGGUGCUCGUCCUCGAGCUGGCUCCUGGCGGCGAAUUACAAAUGAUACUCGACCGAGACGAAGUUCCAGAGGAACGGCAGGUCGCCAGAUUACUGAAGCAGAUUUUGGACGGGAUAGCCUUUCUGCAUUCCCUGAACGUGGCUCACCUCGACAUCAAGCCACAGAAUUUGGUACUUACUGGAGAAUUUCCGGAUUGCGACGUGAAGCUAUGCGACUUUGGCAUAUCGCGGUACAUCAGUCACGGAGCGGACAUUCGAGAAAUUUUGGGCACGCCUGAUUAUGUCGCCCCGGAGGUUCUGAAUUACGAGCCGAUCAGCCUGGCGACCGACAUGUGGUCCGUUGGCGUGCUGCUCUACGUGCUGCUAACGGGAUGCUCGCCGUUCGGAGGAGACACCAAGCAGGAGACGUUCUGCAACAUCAGCCGAUGUCGCCUGGACUUCCCGGACGAUCUCUUCGAGGACGUCUCCGAAGAAGCGCGCGAUCUUAUGCGCAAACUUAUGGUCAAGGAUCCGAAUGAACGUUUGACGGUGACCGAAUGUCUCCAGCAUCCCUGGUUCAACAUGUUCGAGCAGCCGUUGGCGCCCUUGACGACGUGCCCCUCGUCGGACGACAGUCCUGCUGCUGUUCUCGACUCGUCGACGAUACCCCCGAAAGAAGACAGCGCCUCGUCGGAGCUGCCGAUCGCCAACCAAGGUCAGGUUUCGUCUACGCCGAAGAACGACGGCGAGAAGCAGCAACGGUCCUCCACGACCGGUCUAUGCCAUAGUGCGGAAAUUUCCAAACCAGCAGCUAGCGCUCGCGCCGUAUCCUCGCAUACGGAGAACCUCUACUCGGCUUCGAGAUCGUUGCCCAAGCCCAUCAGAUUCGGGCUGAGUCCGGACCGUAGGGAUACUUUCAAGAGAAAUAUGGACUCACUGGCGCGAAAGUUCUCCGGCAGUGUUCUGCCGGAAAUCGUCAUCAUCGAGUCAUCAUCGUCAAAUGCCAGCGGUAGUAUUCAGCAACGUCGCGCCACUGCUACCCACACGAUGCCAGCUGGCGGCGGCGAAGUGUUCAAGUGCACGCCCGUAUUUAUCCUCGGCGAGAUCGAGCAACAGUGCAGUGAUAGCGGUAGCGAUACCGUGUCCGAGAUCUCGACCGACAGCUCGAGCGAUCGCAGUAGCAUCUAUUCGGACGACUCUCUCGAUUUUAUUCUAUAUGGUAAGAGUCAAGGUAGAGCGAGUUACCCGUUCACUGCCUCCGACGCGACCGCCGACAGAUGGGAACAGAGGCAUCAUCAUCAUCACCGUGCCACCAGAGUAUGGCCACGCGAAUGCAGCGGCGUCGUCAGCAAGGCGCUCAGCCGUUUCACGUCCGAAACCUCGUCUGGUGUGAAGAUCGCGAAAAUCCCAACGACGACGCCACCGACGGUGACGGCGUUGCGUGGUGGCAGUGGCAACAAAGCCGGUCUUGAGGCGCUCCGCGAACGAGGCGGCAACUUGGUAGUUAUUAGGGAACCCGUACGUGCUGGCAGAUACACCAGGUACAGCGAGGUACAAUGCGAGUCAGUGCAAGCGCGGAUUCGGCGGUUCCAGGUGCACGAGGCCUCGUAAAAUUGUACCGUCCAGCUGUGCGUCGACAGGUGUCGGCGUUGAAUUAUAUUCGUGCACAGGUGGACGGGCAUCUCUGGCAGUCUCCUCGAGGAAUUGCCGAGGGAUCGGAAGAUCGAAAGUUGUACAUAUCGCGUAAUAUAUCGUGUGUACAGUGACGCGAAGAGUAUUGAAGGGAGGUUUUGAGUAACGAGGCGUGCCCGAGAGAUGUACGAACGAAGGAUAAGGUGGGACGAGACGGGCGAAGUUCCUCGAGAUUUGCGAAGGCUGUGACGUCAGAGAAGGUUCUUAGGAAGGUUCAGGAUUGCGCGUCUUUCUAUAAGGACUAUGAGCUUUGUGAAAAAUAUAUUCAAAUUCGCGAAUCUUUUGAUUCUAGAAUGAUAAAGAGCAACAUCGACGUCAUGCGACAGUUGUAUGUAAAAGAAAGGGAUUACUUCUGAAUUUAUUUUUCGUGAAGUACAUAAUGCUGUGAUAGCGUCAGGGGAACGUGAAAUGAUAGCAUGAGAAAUGCGGUGUGUUCUUAUAUUAUUUUUGCCGAAAUUCGGUAAAGGCGACGUGUCGUUAAUACGGACAAAAGAUUUUGCAAUGCGGCAUCCUGUAACUCAAUCGCGAUAUGUAUAUUAUUAAGCAGUAUUUCGUAGCGAGAACAAAAAGUUACGCGUAUCACACCAAGCCUGAUCUCCAGAAUCCUUGAACAGCCUC